ACAACCUCACUCAGAUUACUCCGUGACAGUUGACCGCCGCACGACAGAGAUGGAGUCGGAAGACCCUUGCAUGCACUUCGACAUGGGCCACACCAUGAUGGCAAUGUCCUUCCACCUUGGCUACUGUGAAAACGUCCUUUUUGACUCGUGGAAAGUUAGGAGUGUUGAGACUUUGAUCGGCUCCAUGUUUGGAAUAAUUGGAAUGGCCAUUCUUUACGAGGGACUCAAAGCAUUAAGAGAGCAUCUGUUCUGGAAAGACGGGCAGAAGAAGAAAACCGAAAAUUUGCCUGCAAUGAAACUGAUCUUUGGCAAGGCCCACUUGAUCCAAACUGGGCUGCACGUCGUUCAGGUGAUUCUCAGCUACUUCUUGAUGCUCAUCGUCAUGUACUACAACGUUUGGCUCUUCAUUGCCGUCGUUCUGGGCGCCACGAUCGGCCACUACAUCUUUGGCUGGCAAAAAUUGGUCCUGGCCGCGAGUUCGAACACUAAACCUUGCGCGGAGAAGAAGUGUUCGGAAAACAAAGUUGAGAAAUUUUAAAAAAUAUUAGUCUAAAAAUAAAAAUUAAAUAUUUUUU